AUGCUUCUUGGACUUUUGGCUCUGGGUCAGCUCCUGCUAGCUGCGGCAGCAACGGCGCAAACUUCCCAUUCCGCUACAGAUUCGACCAAAUUUGACGUUCUCGACUAUGUCGACCCGCUCAUUGGAACGGUCAACGGAGGCCAUGUUUUCCCUGGAGCCAGUCUGCCAUAUAGCAUGGCCAAGGCCGUUGCCGACGUGAACAAGGAAAUCCAAGGCGGGUUUGCUUCCAACGAUGCAGACAUCACUGGCUUUUCUCACAUGCACGACAGCGGAACUGGUGGUGCCGCCUCGCUCGGCAACUUUCCACUCUUUGCGCAGACUGGAUGUCCCGGCAAUGAGCUGAACCGAUGCUACUUUAACAAAAUUACCCGCGCCUCCCAGCGCAAGAACGGCACCGUCGUCGCACGUCCCGGCUACUUUGCCGUGUCCCUCAACACGUCCAUCACGGCGGAAAUGACCGUCUCCAAUCACACGGCCCUCUAUCGCUUCACCUUUCCGACAGACGGGACCCCAACCAAAGAUACCGACCCGCACGUUCCUUUGGUCCCUCUGAUCAUCGCUGACCUGUCCGACUUGUCCGAGUCGCGCAGCAAGGCGACCGUCCUCGUAGACGGGACGACGGGCCGCAUCACCGGCAACGGUACGUUUAACCCCUCCUUUGGUGUCGGCACGUAUGAAUCGCACUUUUGUGUCGACUUUCAUGGGGCUCAGGUGCGCGACAGUGGUGUCUGGGUCAACAACCGUGCCGGCAACGACCCCAAAAGUCUCAACGUGACCAACAACGUCCCGGCUGGUGCUUGGGUCCAGUUUGAGCCCCCUCAGAACAACCAGAUUGUGGCACGCGUUGGACUUUCCUUCAUCAGUGCUGCGCAGGCCUGCAGGAAUGCUCAACUGGAGAUUCCGGAGUUUGACUUUCAGAAAAUUCGUAAACAGGCCGAAGAUGCCUGGCGCUCCAAGCUCAAUGUCAUCAAGGUGGACAAUACUGGUCUCAAUACAUCCCUGCAGCGGACUUUUUGGAGCAGCUUCUACAGAACCCUCCUAUCUCCACAAGAUUAUACUGGCGAAAACCCACUCUGGAGGAGCGACGAGCCGUACUUUGACUCGUACUACUGUAUCUGGGACAGUUUUCGAAGCACUCACCCUUUCCUGACGCUCGUUGACCCUCACGCUCAGACUCUGAUGAUACGUAGUCUGAUUGACGUAUACCGGCAUGAAGGCAAGAUGCCCGACUGCCGCAUGUCACUUUGCAAAGGCUUUACCCAAGGAGGGAGCAACGCCGACAACUUGCUGGCCGACUCGUAUCUCAAGGGCUUGACUGAUGGUAUUGACUGGGAGACUGGGUAUGAAGCUGUCAUCUCUGACGCUGAAGAUGAGCCGCCUUUGUGGACUGUCGAGGGCCGUGGCGGGCUGCACUCGUGGAAGACGCUGGGCUACAUUCCCACCGACGACUUUGACCCCUACGGCGUGGGUAUCUACACGCGCAGCAUCUCCCGCACCAUAGAGUACAGCUACAACGACUUUUGCAUCGCCGAGAUGGCGCGUGACAUGGGCCAGGUGCAUGACGCCGAAAAGUAUCUCAACCGCUCCGGCAACUGGCUCAACAUGUUUGACUCACAGUCGCGUUCCCGUCUCAACCUGACCGGCAGCCAUAACCUGGCCGACUUUGAGGACAGCGGCUUCCAGGGCUUUCUGCAGCCGCGCUACCUCAAUGGCAGCUUUGGCUACCAGGACCCGGCCAUCUGCACCGACCUCUACAACUUUACAUCCUGCUACCUGAAUGAAAACGGCCACGAGACGUACGAGGGUGGUGCCUGGCUCUACACCUUUUACAUCCCUCACGACGUGGCCACGCUCGUGGCCACGCUCGGCGGCUCCGACGAGUUUCUGCGCCGCCUGCACUACCUGCACGAGACGCCCGGCCUGUUCUACAUUGGAAACGAGCAGUCGUACAUUAUGCUAUUUCUCUUCCACUACAUUGGCCGGCCUGGUGUGUCUGCCGAGUACGCGCACAAGUACAUUCCUAGCGCCUUCAACGACACCCUCGUCGGCAUACCGGGCAACGACGACUCGGGCUCCAUGGCCAGCUUCACCGCGCUCACCAUGAUGGGCCUGUUCCCCAUGAGUGGCCAAAACGUUUACCUCAUCACCCCGCCGUUCUUCAAGGAGUUUAGCCUGCUGAAUCCGGUCACCGGCAAGACGGCCACGGUGCGCACGCGCAACUUUGACGCGGCGUACAAGAAUAUAUAUAUUCAGAACGCGACACUCAACGGCCAACCUCUUGUGAAGAGCUGGUUGACGCAUGACUUCUUUCGCGACGGCGGCAUGCUGGAACUGCACCUAGGAUCGAAAGAGAGCGGCUGGGGUAGUGGUGCGGAUCAGAUUCCACCGAGCGCUUCGACACAUUUCUGGAAGCAAUGA